UGCGGAUUGCUGUGAUCGCUAUCCACUUGGCGCCUCCUGUUGACGGAGCCCAUUUAUCACGGCGAUGAACACUACGAGCGGACGGGAGUUGGCGUGAGAACAUACUGAAAUUGCAGAGACUCGUCGGGAUCCGUGCUGAAAUACACUCCUUAAAUAUUGCUGGAACUGGCAGCAAAUAAAAAUAAUUGCUUUUAAAGAUUUCAUAAUACUGAUACUUCGUGUCGACCGGGCAUUAUACCAGACAAUAAACUGAUAAGGGACACUACUUCGAAUUUUGCUGCAAAUUUCUCGAGCUAAUUCCAAAAAAGGGAUAAGAGUUGUAUCUGGUCGAAUUCUUUGGUGUUGCAGAGGAUCAAUUCUAGAAUCUUAGUCGAGGUUUUAUACUGUCAUAUCUUUUGCAUGACAUAGUCAAAAUCAACGGAAGAAAAGUGAAAUAAGGGAAGUCGGAGUUGACGCUUGAUCUACGCCAGGUGCUCUGAACACACAAAGACAACAUUGCUUUUUGUUACCGGAGAGUAUAUACUGUGGAACGGAAACUCAAGAGGAGACACUUUUUUGAACUAUCUGUCAAGGUCGUGUGGCCAACAUGGAAUAAAAAUGCACUGAAAAUAUUAAGCGAGGAUGUGUAUCAACUGACACAUAACCGAGCCUUCUUUGACGACAACGUAGGAAACCAAGAAGAAGACAGAAUUUAGAACACGACAAUACGAGUAAGAACAGGACAGAAAAAGGAAAAGAAGAGUCAAGAUUCUCCUAGAUUAUCUUGUCAUCCGUUAGGAUGUGAGGAAAAUAUGCGUUAGACGAUUAUGCCGUACUCGGCUAAUGGACACAGUGUGCCACAGCUCCCGGGUACGCGCGUUUGCCUACUCAUCAUCUGGUUAACUCUAAGCGGACCAGAUGUCGGGAGUUGUGGUCUUCAAGCGGCUACGGAAGUGCAGUCCAGAACUAGCCGCUCAAGUUGGCACAGUGAACUUGGAAACAGCCAAGCAGCAUUGCCUUCAGAACACUUAAAAGAGAAACUACACGACAGACAUUAUGAUAAAUUCGUCCAUCCGACAAAGGAAAACGAUACUGCGACGAUAGUACGUGUAGGGUUAUAUAUCAAUGGCAUCAGCUCGAUUGACGAGAUUAACAUGCAAAUGGUGGAGGAUGUAUAUUUACGUCAAGAAUGGAUGGAUGCCAGGCUGAAGGAUCUCUUCAAUGGCACCAUGUCCAUCCACGGGGACCUCAUUGAUGACUUCUGGCAACCGGACCCCUACUUCCCCUCGGCGAAGUCGGUGAAGAUUCACACGGUCUUGUCCCAGACCAGGGCCAUGUAUCUCGAGAGGAACGGCAGGAUCACGUUUAGCAUACGACUCAGCAUCGAGUUAGCGUGUCCCAUGCAGUUCGAAAAUUAUCCGAUGGAUGACCAGAAGUGUUCAUUGUACAUAGAAAGUUAUUCCUUGCCCAGUACAGACCUUGUAUAUAUGUGGUUUGAGGACAAACCUGUUUUAUAUAACAAGAAGAUGGAGUUACCGAAGUUUCUGAUGGAGGGAGAUCCAACCAUCAGUAACUAUACCAACACAGGCGCAUACAGACCAGGCAACUGGAGUGGAAUCCAAAUGGACGUGCAUCUCCAUCGACAGUUCAUCUACUACCUUAUUCAGCUGUACAUCCCCAGUGCCCUGGUGGUCAUAGUGUCAUGGGUGUCCUUCUGGCUAGAUGUCGAGUCUGCCCCUGCCAGAGUCUCGUUGGGCGUGCUAACAGUUCUUACCAUAACAACACAGAGUGCAAAUGCCAACUCGUCAAUGCCACAGGUAUCCUACAUCAAAGCGAUGGAUGUCUGGCUUGCUGCUUGCCUAGGUUUUGUGUUUAGUGCGCUGCUGGAAUACGCAUUGGCCACAACCAUCGUCCGAAAACGCAAGAGGUCCGUUUCUAAUCAGCUAGGAAAUGCGUGUAAGGAUCUCAUAUCCGCCAAUUUCAAGCUUGUUGAGGGAGCCUCAGCCAACGGUUUCAACAGCUUAAGUAACGAUGACCCUAACGAGGCGGGCAUAGGGGAAAUAAGGAGGCCCCCGCCUGCAGAGAUCGGCGCUCGGAGGGUGGACUUCGUAUCGCGGAUACUCUUCCCAGCCGCCUUUAUCAUUUUCAAUGGGAUCUACUGGAUGCUUUACGUCUAUAUUCUGACAGAGCGUAGCACUGGACACUCUCACGGGUUUGGCUGAAUUAUUCUUGGGAGGAACGCGGCUCAAUGUUUGUACAAGUACUGAACUCUUCCAUGUAACCGAAAUGUAAACUGCUCAAUUGGAAUAGUGUGUGAUUUAUGAUAUUGUGAUGUGACCCUGAUCUUUACAGGAACCGGAGGUCUGAAAACGCUUGAAAUUCAGACUUGACGUUGUGUUUUGUUCCAACUGGAUUUCCUUAUUGAACCUUACUAUGGAUGCCAGGGAUUUCUAUUUUGCCAUGUGUAUGUGUGAGAGAAAAGAAACAGACCUGGCCAGUGGCAGUAGGCCUGCCAGCAAAAAAAUAAGAGCGUCAUGGUUAUGGAAAAUGGAAGAUGUGGUGUCCGUUGCCACUAUUGCAGCCGAUAUACAAAGCCGGUGGAAUUUGAGCCAAGUCAUUCAUGGAAUAUUCUAGUACAAGUUGACAAAGAUGUCGUCAAUGGUGUUGUAUUUCACAUUCUUGAUCAAAAUAUUAUUCAAGUAGUGCGUUAUAGUAGUGACAAUUUUGCUCUUAGUAGUUCACACCACACCUUCCUAUUUGUACGUUUGGGCACAGGAACUAAGUGUUAGAUUAGAAAUAUUAACAGCACAGUUGAAAUAAUUAUCGUGGACUGUAAUAAUGCACUAAAUAGAUGUGGAUAAAUUCACAAAGGACGGUCAUUUCGAUUCGAGAUAUGUGUCAUUUAAGUUUGCCUGAGCUAACCAUUUCUUUUGAUAAUCAAAUAUUUCACGGAGCCUUCGCCAUAGUGGCACCGCGAAAUGAAAUGAGUCGUCCAUCUUGAAAAAAUUAGGAAAUUAAUGUGCGCUUAAAGGGACAACUUGGACGUGAGAUAUAUUGGUGUUUCAUACAAAAAAUGGCUUCCAGCAGGACCGCAAAAUCACCAAAUAGGAUCAUUGAAAAAUCGGUGUACUGCAAUAAACAAUGCACUUGAACGGGGUGUAACCAUAGGCCUGCCUGAAAUUCAGAAGCCAUGACCGAAACUGGCUCGUAACACUGACGAAAAUCGUUAUUAAAGAUCAACAUUGGUGAGAUACGACUAGUGGCGGCGCAUGGUGUCAAGCAGGGGUCUACCCUCCUGGUCAGAUAAAUCCCACGCCCAAGUUGUUCCUAAGCAGUACUGCUGUACGCUUGAAAAGUCCUAUACGAACCUACAUAUCAUUUUUUGUCAAGUUUUUAGCAUCAUGACAUGUUUUGCUAUGAAAUUACUAAAUCAGGUAGUUAAAGAAUGGGUAUUCUCUUUUAAACACACAUCGCUCUAAAUGUGCUUGUAAGUUCUGAAUUAAUCAUUUCAACUCGAGAGUAGUGGCCCUGUGAUAUCGGAUGUAUACCGGCCGUCUGAGGGUUCAAAGUGGUACACAUAAAAUGGCUGUGGCCAAUGGUACAGUGUUGCAUUACAUGAAGACUAUGUUAUGGUUAUGCAGGGGUUGCUAGUGCACAUACUAUUAACGCGGGGACGAUGAACGUUUCACUGGUUGAAGGUUAUGGCCAACUGUUAUUUCCUGCAAUAUAGCAAGUGUACCCCAUUGGCCACAUUGGAAGUGAAUGAUUCAAAGACCGGGUUUUUCAAUGACAAGUCCUUGAUCCGGAUAUUUUCUGGAGGAGGAUAGCGUACACAUAUACCGCGAAGAGCUAAGACGACUCGGCUACAAUCUUCUGGUUCAACCAACGAUAUCGACCCACUCGACAUUUUUAAAGGUGGUCUUAUCACGUCAUGAGUCAAUAUUAAGGCUGUCGUGCUAGUGGAGGCGUGAGUUAUCCUGUGAGAUGUGUGAAUGUGAGCCAGAGCACAGGCACGUCAAAAAUCAGAGCUAUUGAAUUAUCAUUAUCUCUCAUUGAAACGCGCAUGUUGGCGCCAUCUGGCCGUGAAGAGUGGCACUACCCUAUCCCGGUGUCGAGUUACGAAUACUUGAAUGUCGAAUUUAUCGCGCCCAUCCGGUUAUGCGCCGAUACGGACGGACUCUCUUAUUGAUAUUCGGAUGGUACCCAUACAAACAACUAUAAUUUUUCUAAUCUGUUUUUCAGAACAAACACCUUGAAACACAGUUUUAGUUUUGCUGUGGAUAGUGGCUUUAAGGGCGGGGGAUGUGAACACGCAUGUUCAGAUAGUCUUCUCGUAUUUUGGCAUAUCGAGAUGGGUGCAGCACAGUCAGCAACUGCUAUCAGCAAAUUUGAGCGCUUUCAAUGGUACUCUCAAUACCCAAACGAAACGAGAUGGAAAAUAAUCAAAAAACUUGUCGAAUUUGCCUUUGAAUAUCAGUUCAUAAUUAGUAUCAGCUGUCAGCAUCAAACAUAUCAAUUUGCAGUCCUAAUUUAAGUCUUCAUGCCCUUGGAAUAAAUUUGCACGGAAAGGUUGGAAAACAAUUUCCGAGAUAUCUUGAAAGUAGACGGAAGUGUUCCAUGAUGUGUGCGGGAACACACAGUUAUGGGCUUUGGCGUUCCUGUCCAGCAAUCACCGGAGUCAAAGCCAGUAAUAAAGUAUGCUCACGACACCCAGAAUUUUCCGUACGUGUCGUUAUAGGUUCCUAGGAAAGUUUAUAAAUACGUUUACCAACCAUUUGCGCACACUUUUUGAUGUACAUGUAUAUCUUUAGCUACCUCUACACGGGCAUGGCAGGAAAUCUGUAGAUAUCACAAAUGCUUGACAAUGAUUACUUUGAGAUACAUCUAGAUCUCCUGUUUAUGAUGUAUGACACGAAAGGCAGGAUCAAACUAAAUACGAGUAAAGCAUCAUCAUGCGGAUGGACAGAUUGGCAUUCUGUACAUUCAUUUACAAAACUGACCAGCAAGUUUGGGGCAAGAAAUCAAUUGGUCAAAGUAUUCAAAAUGGAUUCCCCUUUUCGGCACCGUGACUUUAUGGGUCGUAUUUAUAGGAAGGGGAGGGGCAUGUGCUAUUGCCCGAAAGACACGGUAUAUUAGCAGUGUUGCUAGAUAGAGUUAACUGCGGGUCUUAGAUACGUCAAAAAUGUACAAACAUACAUGUACCGUAAGGCACUGUUUGUGUAUACUUUUCGGCUGUAUGGAGCGCCUCCUUCCCUCUGCAACGGUCGUUUGUAUUAACCAGCCAGUAACUCCCUCUAACCCUGGAACACACAGAGAUAAAUCCGCGAGAUCAUGCUGCAAAGGUCUUUGUAAUUAUCAAAACACCUACAUUUUCUGUCGUCGAUGAAAGGCACGAUGCUUCAAAACAAAACGUUCGUUUUUCUAUAAAUGAUAUACGUGUACUAGUAUCAAGAUACCUCUGCGACACGAUGUCGUGGAUAUUUACCUCUCUGUGUUCUCUCAGCAACAGUAAUGGUGAAACUGCGCAAAGUUGGUUUAAAGGAAUCGAUACCUCAUUGUCGGUAUUGAUUGUCUCACCCAAACCGCGAGGGUGGAGCUAAGAUGUAGACCAAAACCGAGAUGUAGCCGAGGUUUUUGUCCAAUAUUUUAGCUCAACCCGAGCGGUUUGGGUGAGACAAUCAAUACCGACAGUAAGGUAUCAAUUUCUAUUCUAAACAUCUCUCAAAUUAUAUAUCGAAUAAUGUGAUUUGAAAUGCUUCCACUUUUUGCACCAACCCAAGCGGUUUGGGUUGUCUCCCCAAAACCGCUGUGGUGAAAACGAGGCUAUAUACAUUAUCCAUUAUAGAAAUGAAAUGGUAUCACUCGGGUGUUUUCGAAAUUUGAAUAAGGAAUUGUGAUAUGUCUUUGGGCCUUGUUGGCCUCAAAUAAAGAAUGUGUUUG